GUCAACUCGUGCAAAUGUGAAAAAAAGCUUAAAGUCUGCGGCACUAUCAGUGAUCGACAGUUUCCCUUGAUCGACGAUCCACGAUCCGCGAUCAACGAUCCCUAAACCCAAAGCGCGCGUAAAUAGAGUAUAAAAUCGUACAACUCACAUUGAUAAAGAAAAAGUACACACAAAAUCCAGUGACGAGAUAUUAAAUUGUGUGCAUGUGCAUGUGUGUGCGUGGGCGUUGUGCAAAAAAUAAAUGAAAGAUUGAAAAAGUGUAAAUCAUAUAAGCGUAACGGUAACGGCAGGAGAAAUAAAUUUAAAAAAGUGCACAAAAACGUCGCAGCUAAUCCCAACUAAAAAUACACCGCACAGCAGAUAAAAGCACACUCCCGCGAAUAUUUAUAUUUAGUUUUUACACCGAACUCACGUGUCUAACGACAGUUUGACAGCCGAGAUACAAAUCUCUUCUUUUGGUUUUAGUUUUUUAGUUUUUUUUGCGAGAAGCUGCGCACGUGACCAGCCAUUAAUGAAUGAGACACCAGAGAUAUAGGGAAAAGCCAAGAGGGAGAGGUACGGGUAGAGUGAGAGAGAGAGAUAGAGAGAGAGAGCGGGACAAGUGAUAACGCCGCGAAGAAAGAAAGAAAUCCCGAAAUCUUAUGCAAAUAUCGAAGAGCCACACAAAAAAGUGAAACGCAAAAAAUCAAGUUUAAAAGUCAAGAGUCACAAAACAAAAUUCAAUAAACAAUGUUUUGAAAGUUCAAAAGCUAUAAAACAACAAAUGUUAAUUGUGCAAAGAAACACAAAAAGUAUAUUCGAUUAUCUCACCCGAAACCAAAAGUGGUAGAAUUAGUUAAAUAAACCAAAAAUAUUAAGUGCAAACAGUGGCUAAAAACAAGAUUGUUCACAAGAAUAUGAAAUAUCAAUAAUAAACGGAGUAAUAAGACAGUAAAGCAAUUCGGUUUCAACUAAAAGUAACAAAUUAUAUUGAAAUUAAUAUCUCGACUAGACUUAAACUUAUGACAAAUUGGCAACAAUUCUAUUAGUUAGUCAAAAGAACAACAAUAGACACUUGUUGGGGCAAUCAACGUCGAAACAAUCAAAAAGCAGCAGCCAGCAGUCGGCAGUGUGACAGAGACAGACGCGGAUCGCCAGAGAGAGAGGGCAAAUCGAGUCGGUUUGACAAUAUGUUGAGCCCCCAUAAUGAAGGAAAUUGAUACGGAGACAACAGUAGUAUGGCCAGCCUGGUGUUAUUCCGGUAACGCACCCACAGACAUUCUGCAGCAGAAGCCCGCCAAGGCCACCACCGCCAUUGUGGGCGGUCGCAGUGCAGCCCAACCCACGGCCACCCACGAGGAUCAUCAGCAAGCGGCCACCAGUGUCGUCACCAAGCGGAAGCACCUCGAACGGCUUGCCAGCGAUCUCCGGCAGCUGGGACAGGGUCAGGGUCAGGCCAGGAGCCAUCAUCAUCAUCACCAGGAGCUCCAAGCUAAGAUGCUCAGCGAGCGAUCGCUGUUGCUCAGCGGAUAUGGAGCCAUCGAGAGCAGUGCCAAGAAGUUGAGUGAGGCGGCCACUGGGGGUGGUGGUGCGGCGGGUGGGGCGGUUAGUCAGGCUGCCACGCCCACAACCACCCACCUGGGCACCACGUCCUCCUCCUCCUCAUCCUCGCCGGCAUCGUCUUCGAACGCAAAUACAGCCUCAGUGGCUGCCGCCUAUGCUGCCUUGUAUUUGGAGAAGGUCAAGCAUGAGAAGUUGUCGCCGCAAAUGGAUAACCAUAAGGAUGUGAUGAUGGAGGCCAAACCCAUGGUUACCAUACACAACAACAAUAAUAAUAACACUGUUAACAAUAACAAUAGUAGCAACACCGGAAGUGGCAGCAAUCAUCAACAAUCGAGUCAACAACAAACACAUUUGGGACUCAGUGUAAAGAGAGAGCGUCUUAGUCCAGGGAGCAAUAGCAGUAGCCACAACGGUGAAGUUACCGUCAGCUCAUUUGCCAGAUCUCGCAGCGCCACGCCCUCCUCGUCAUCGUAUCGUGGUGGUGGUGGUGGUGGUGUCUCACCCAAUCAGCAACAUAACCAGCGCCUAAGUCCGCCCAAUGCCCCAACUGGUGGCAACACAGCAACAUCAUCUGGUGGAGCCACCGCCACGCACAUGCCGGUGCACAAUUUGUCAACGAAUUUGCUGAAUAGCAUUCAACAGGCUGCCGCAAGUCAGCAACAUCGCAACAGCAGCAGCAACAGCAGCAGCAGCAACAGCGGCAACAGUGGCAACAGCAACAGCGGCAGCAAGCCGGAAAGUGGAGCGGCAUCAAGUGGCGGCGCCUCGGAUUUCUCCACUCGCAACUACUCGGACAUAAUGCGAUGUCUGGCGGCCAAGUACAAUAAUACCAAUCCCAAUGACAACAAUGCAACACGUCGCAAUUCCUAUUACGAUGGCAAUUGCUCUUCAUCGCCAGCGGGAACUGGAGGUGGACCCGGAUCCGGAGCAGGAGCAGGAGCCACCACCUCUGCCCCAAGCUCUGGUCUCAAAUCGUCCAACAUCAGCUGCAGCAGCAGCACUAGCACCAGUACCAGCAACAGUUGCCCUAAUCCCGCCAAGAAACACUCGCCAUCGGCAGCUGGAAAUUCCUCUGCCGUCAGUUUGCCCAAGGAGACCAAAGUGAGCGGAGGCGGAGGCGGAGGCGGAGGCGGAGGAGGAGGUGGUACUUUGAGUGUGGGUGGUACAGCAGGUAGUGGUGGUGUUGCCUCGUCCCUGGCACAACUGGUGCCACCACCCGCCGCACCAUCGCCCACAGAGCAGGCCAAAAGCCAAAUGGCCGCCGUGGUGGCUGCAGCGAGUGUCUCACCGUUCAUGACCAACUUUCUGCCCUUCUCAUCCGGCAUUUUCCCGCCGCUGAUAGACAUGAGCAGCACUCAGGCACUGCUGACGCUGGCGCGUGCUGUCAAAGAUGCCGAAAUCCAACAGAUUCUGCGCAGCAAGCAACAGCGUUCCGGGUCCAAUGCCUCCUCUCCCAGUACGAGUGCAGCGGGCACGCCGCGUUCCAACUCCACUCUGAAUGCGGCACUGCAGCAGGCAGCCCAAUUUGUAACCCCCGCCCUCAUCUACUCGGCGCAACUGCAGCAGCAACAGCAGCAACAUCAACGGCAGCAGCAACAGCAACAGCAGCAGCAGCAACAAUCGCAUCACGCUUCGCGGCAGUCUAGUCCACGUUCCACCAACGAUGCCUCUGGAGUGGCGCCCAUGGGGGGAGGUGACGGCGGUGGUGGUGCGUCGGCGGCGCCACUGGACUUGAGCUCCCAACCGCCGGCCGCCAAGCGUUUUAAGGCCGAACGUCGUGCCAGUUCCACGGCGACAACGGCCACCACAGCCUCGGCCACAUCCACGCCAUCCCCGCCACCAUUGGAGCAACAGCAGCAGCAGCACCAGCAGCACGAUGAGAUCCAUUCUGGCAACGCCAACGCAGGAGCAGCAUCGGUAGCCGGAGCAGGAACGGGAUCGGGAACGGGAUCGGGUUCAGGAGCUGGCAGAGCCCGGAGACGGUGUCAGGCGCAGAGUGAGGAGGUGAACUCUUGGUCCGUGGACGAUGUGUGCGGCUUUGUGGGUGGAAUUGAUAUAUGCGCCGAAUAUGUUCAGUCUUUCCGCGAUCAGUCCAUCGAUGGCACUGGUUUGCCGCUCUUAACCGAGGAUCACUUGGUUAACUCGCUGGGCAUGAAGCUGGGGCCGGCUCUGAAGCUGCGCUCCAUAUUGGCGAAGAAAUUGGGCGGGCCGUGUCCGUGUGUUGCAUGCGUUGCGCAGGCGCAACAAAUGCUGGCACUGCAGACGACGGGCGGGGCAGGAGCAGCAACACCAGCAACAGGAGCAGCAGCAGCAGGAGUUGCAACAGGAGGCACAGCGAGUUGCAGCUUCAAGACGGAGAUCUUCAAUGGCAGCAGCAGCAGCAAUGGGAGCAGCAACAGCAACAGCAGCAGUGGCAGCAACAGCAACUGCAACAGCAAUCAGGGCAGCGAUGUUGCAGCUGCAACAGCAACAGCAGCAGCAAGCUCUCCCGGUGCUGGCAACAUGCUGCUGCCAGUGUUGCCGUGCAGCGGCGAGGCCAGCUAGUUGGCUCCACAAAAAAGCAAGCAAACCUACAGAGAUAUGUAUACAAAAACAUAUUUAUGCUAACUAAAUUGCAUUUCAACUGCAAAACUGUUGUACCAAAUGAGCUUUCGAAGGACUAGAAGCAAGAAAAGGAAUGAAACGCACGAAAAUCGGAGGGAACAAGACCCUAAUGUAUAGACUAAACAGUAAAUAUGUAAUUUAAAUGCUAGCUAAAGUUGUAAACUUUAAAUGACGACAACAACAAUAAUCGCAAAGUCUUCCAAUUUGCAAGCACACACAACCACAAACAAAACAAAACAAAAAAAAAGAAUGCAAAAAAACAAAAAGCAAAUCAUAUUUGUAUAACAUUUAUCAAUUUAUUAGUCAAUUUAAUGAGAGAGAGAAAGGAGAGUUUGAGUUUUUUCGUUUACGUACUUAAGUGCAAAGCGCAUUUGCAUUGAUUUUAUUUAUUUCUAUGACUUUUCUUCGUUUUUAACUGCUAGUCAGUAAAUAUAUAUUUUAUAGAAUUCCGCAAAGAUGUGAAGCAAACUUAAAAAUUCAAUUUUAUUGCUUAGCGAAUCGAAGUAAAAGGCUAUUUAUUUUUUAUGUAUACAUUCAUAUAUAUAUAUUGUUAAACC